AUGAAGGUGAUAGUGCAACGACUGAUUGAGCUGUAUCAGUACAAUGGCAGCUUACUUGCCUUCGGAAACCUGUUGGUGCUCUUUGUAAUCUUACGAAACAUCCGAAUGCGGUCUCGGACGAACUUCUUCCUGGCAAACCUGGCAUUGGCAGAUCUGUGUGUGGGGCUCUUCUGUGUCUUCCCCAAUAUGUCGACUUUCCUCUCUCCUACCUGGAUUCUUGGCAGGGCGAUGUGUAAAGUAUAUUACUUCGUACACCAGAUGAGUUACACGGCCUCCAUCACUCUUCUCACUGUCAUUUCCAUGGAGAGGUACUUGGCCAUUAUGCAUCCGCUCAAAGCACAGCGUCUGAUUACGAAACGUAAGCUGAGGGCAGCUUUGGUUGUCAUAUGGCUACUCUCGGCAGCAUACAACGUGCCUCAGCUAAUCAUGUUUGACACUGUCUACUUUCCCGAUGGCGAUGUCACCUUUUGCUACACCACCGUUCAGGUGGUGGAUAUGAGAGUGUACCACACGGCGAAUUUUGUCAUCUGGAUCUCGUUCAAGAAAAACUGCAAUGAGUGCACGUAUCUGAAAGAAAACGAACUCAACAACAAGGUGAAAGAAACGCCUUCGGCUCGUUCAAACGGAAGGCUUCGUUGCCUGGAACUGAGAGGAGUCGGAAAGAAGUUUAAUGUUCCGAAAGAGCGUUGUCACGAGUAUGACGUACACCAAGUCUCUGAAGAUAUAGAAAGUGAGACGAAAUUUGAUCAUUUGGAGGACUCUUUGUCGGCUGCAUCGGAAACUGACCGCAGCGACCGAAGCAGCACGCCUUCUCCGCGCAUGCGCGUAUCGCUUAUUGUCAACCGUAAAAAUAAAUGCGGGAGAAACUGGCCAGGACAGUCAGUGGAUGAGUCUGCAUACGUCACUCAAGUUGUACGGCCGGAACUAAAGAGGAAAGGAUCUGGCCGUCGAAGGGACAAGACCAAAUAUAGCGCUCUACACGCCAGACGAAAGGUGAUCCGCUUGCUUGUAGCAGUCGUCGUAUCCUUUGCUGUCUGCGUUUUGCCGUAUCACGUCCUUAUUCUCAUGAAAGACUGGGCAACGUCAUCGACGGCUACAUCUAUUUUCAGUUUAUUCCCUCCAGUUUCCUAUCUGAUAUUAUACCUCAACAGUGGGCUCAAUCCCAUGCUAUAUGCCUUGUUCUCGGACAACUUUAGACGUAGCUUAGCGGAAGCAUUUAAAUGUAGAAAUCGGGAUGGUUAAAAGCUUGUCCAGCUAUCGCUUAACUUGAUUGCGUGUGAACUGUAUUAAUGGGAGGGAACACGUGAGAACGUUGAAAGCAUUAAGUUAAAGAAUGUAUCUUGAUCCUCUGUUAAAAUCGCUCAUUGAGUGAUACAUACUGUGACAAACACUCGGGUCCAUAUUUCCAUGCGAAAACUAAACAUAUUGUGGAGCGCUGAUUUACUUCGUGAAUGUGACUUUAAGCCCAUAGGUGUUUAGAAAAACCAUUUGUUG